AUUCUUAACGGCAUCUCCUUAUGGCAUCAUUUAACAUAGAUCUAAACGAGUUCAUAUUUAGGAUAUGGAAUGCCAGUUCACAGCGUCUUGGAUAUUUUUCAAACCCUGAAAAGAAAAUCAGGCUUCUGACCGAGGCCAUGCGGCAACUGGAGGCCAUCCGGCAGGAUGUGAACAGCCGUGUGUCCUCUCGCGAGUUACGGGGAGAAAUAUGCCUGGAACAGGUGAGGCGGUUGCUUGACAGCGUAUCAUCCAUCGAGGCAGCAGUGACAAAAAUAGUAGUAGACUACGAACAGAGCAGAUGUCUUGGUGGAUACUCCAUCAAUUUUUGGUGCGUCAACCGGAGGGCUACCCAGAAGCUGGCAAGGGUGGUGGCCCUAAGAGAACAAAUAAACAACCUUGAGGUUCUUACUGCAAGAUUGCCUCCGCCUCUGGUCGAGGAGAUGCCUUAUGCGUCGACGUUUGUACCAAUGGAGUCAAAUCUGGACAAAGUUCUCAGAUUUCUCAACGAUGACCAGGUGGGCAUCAUUGGGAUAUGGGGCAUGGGCGGGGUGGGCAAGACCUCCCUCCUAGAGCGCAUCAAAAUGAAGUUUCUCCCCCUCCAAGAAGGUGUCAGGAACAAUUCGGUGCUCAGCGGCCAACGAAGUCCUGCGUUCGAUGAUGUGAUCUGGGCAACAGUCUCCAAACAGUAUACCGUGAACAAGCUUCAAAAGAUAAUAGCCGACAGUUUGGGGAUGCCUUCGCCGGAUAAUCAACACGAUGAAGCCACUGAACGCGAACAAGCCACUGCAAUCUUCAACCACCUCAAGUUUAGGAACUUCUUGUUGCUGCUGGACGACCUAUGGCACAAGGUGGAUUUGGAGGCCGUUGGGGUUCCUAUUCCUUCCAAAAGACCCACCGGCCUGCACAAGCAUAAGGUGGUGUUUACCACACGGAUGGAGCAGGUGUGUCGCUCCAUGGGAACCCACAAGAUGAUCAAGAUAAGCUGCUUGGCGGUAGAGGACGCGUGGAAGUUGUUCCGCGAGAUGGUCGGUCAAGACACUCUUGAGUGUGAUCCAAGGAUACCAAGGCUCGCAAAGCAGGUGGUCCAGGAGUGCCAUGGAUUGCCUUUGUCUCUCACGGUCGUCGGGAAGGCUAUGUCAACAAGGAAGAGUCCCAAAGAGUGGCAAUAUGCCAUCGCACUACUGCGGAGGUCAAAGCUUCCUGAGAUCCUAGAGAAGGACGUGGACAUUUUUCCCGGACUGAAGCUUAGCUAUGAUUAUUUGCCAGAUGAUGCAAUAAGGAAGUGCUUCUUGCUGUGCGCGUUGUGGCCGGAAGAUUUUUCUAUAAGCAAAAUUGAUCUCAUCGAGUGCUGGAUGGGCCAUGGGCUGAUCGAUGUUGGCGUCUUCAACGACAUCAACGAGGCCUACGACAGCGGGCAUGCCAUCAUUGGACAACUAAAAUCCGCUUGUUUGCUAGAGCCUGUGGACGACGAAGACGAUCAGGUGAAAAUGCAUGCUAUUAUCGGAGACAUGGCACGGUGGAUAGCCUCCGACGGAGACGAAAAUAAUCAGAAGUUGAUUGUGCAAAGUGAUGCCACAUUCUGCAGAAGCCCAGCAGACUUGAAUGUCUGGGCAACGGCGAAGCAGGUCUCUUUAAUCGGAAGUGAGAUCCGAGAAUUCCCUGGCGCUCCUCCAGAGUGUCCCAAGCUGGUAACCCUGAUGCUCCAACAAAACAGGUCUUUGUGCUUUAUACCUAGUAAUUUCUUUGUUUCCUUUCCUGCCUUAACUUAUUUGGAUCUAUCUGGAACCCGAAUCAGUGAGCUCCCAUCGGAGAUUAGCGAAGCAAAAAAUCUUCAAUAUCUCAAUUUGUCAUUCACUGAUAUCACAAGUCUGCCCGAGAGCUUAACAUAUCUCACAAAAUUGAAAUUCCUUCUUCUGAGAGACCUGUGGAAUCUCAAAGAGAUACCACAGGGCGUGAUAUCCAACCUAUUGAUGCUAGAGGUGCUCGACCUAAACGACACUCGGUAUGAGGAUUGGGUAGAAUUUGAGACCCGGACUCGAGGCUUGAAAGCUCUUGGAAUCGCCGUGGAAACAGUUGAGGCUAUCGAACGGCUCUCCCAACUGCACAAUGUGAUGAUGUGGCGCCUCCGCAUACGAAAGCUGCUCGACCUGCGGCAGCCUCACCAGUUAUUGCUAUCUAAUUUCCUUGGUAGCCACAACAUGUCGUCAAGCCUUCAGCGACUGGGUAUUGAAUACUGUGAGACCGUGGAGGAGCUGAUAAUGGAGAAGGGGGGUGAGACUGCAGGGCAUGGUGGUGACAUUGUCAAUCGGAACUGGUGUCAUCCGAAGCUAGAGAUUUUGCAGCUAGUGGGACUCAAAGAAUUAAAGAACAUCAGUUGGAGGGGGGUGCAACCUUCGACUUAUUUUCCAACACUUACCAUCCUGAGAGUAUGCGGCUGCGACAAGCUGAAGAAUGUCACAUGGGUUCUCAAGCUCGAGUACCUAGAGGAGCUUGAGUUGGACGGUUGCAAGGAGAUGGAGCGAUUGAUCGAUGAUGCGGAUGAGGCAGAUGCUGCGACCGAUCUGGCCUUUCUGAGCCUCAAGAGGAUAUACUUGGUUAGACUGCCAAAUUUGACCGCCAUCUGUCGCAGCCAGUCCACCUUCCCUUCGUUGAAACUUCUUUAUGUGAGUAACUGUCCAGCUCUCAGGAGCCUACCUUUCAACUCGGAGACGCCCAAAAACAAAUUAAGAAUAUGGGGUGACCCGGACUGGUGGGGUAGGUUAGAGUGGAACGACGGCGACCUUCAAUCUUCCCUCCGACCCUGUUUCCGAGGAUGAACGCGGAGUUAGGCAAAAACUUGCGGUAAUCUAACCCAAGUUGUUGUGUCGUUGCAGUCCGU